GAUUCUUGAUCGUGAUUCUUGAUGUAAAACAGGGUUUCUGACAUCAGUUUAUUCAUAUCGGCAUUCUCGUCAUAGAAGACUGCUAGAAAAAGGUGGGAGAUAUGGAUUCUGCGUGUUAUUUCCGGCUGCCAAAUGUAAUUCUUGGUAGUGAAGGUUCAAGUUCUGGGACGUUGGGUUGUUCUAGUUCUAGUCUGACGCAUAGGUACAGAAAUGUUAGUUAUAAUUUUUUUAGCUAUCCAAGAGUUGCUUCCAAAACAUGUACACCGAGUAUGAAGAAAAUAAUAAGUAAGCAUUACAGAGGAGAGUUUGAUAAUUUGUUCCAGACUUCACAUUUUAGGGGAUCUUUGGACGGCAAUCUGAGGAAUAUCCUGGAAGUAUCAAGGAAGGCUAUGCGUUUACAGUGUCAAGGCGAUGAUUCUUUAUCAUAUGUUGAUGGCAAUGGUCGAAAUGUUGAAUUAAUGGAAAGUUCCAAGGAAGGAAUGGAGAAUUCUUCUACAGAGAGCUUAGCAACUGGGCCUGUCUCUGAUGUAGACACGUAUAGUUUGGAAAAAGAAGAAGAAGAAACGCCUAGUACUGAUGAUUUGCGGGAAUUGCUUCAGAAGGCUCUCAAAGAAUUGGAAGUUGCUCACCUAACCAGUACUAUGUUUGAGGAAAAGGCUCACAGGAUAUCAGAAACUGCAAUCAUCCUGAAAGAUGAAGCUGCAGAUGCUUGGAAUGAUGUCAAUACCACCCUGAACACAAUUCAAGGGAUUAUUGCUGAAGAAGCUGUUGCUAAGGAAGCUGUUCAGAAAGCAACCAUGGCUCUCUCAAUGGCUGAAGCGAGGCUUCAAUUGGCUGUAGAGUCUUUGGAGGCUGCAAAAGGAACCGGAGAGUCACCUGAGGCUUGUACAAGAAAUGAUGCAGAAACCAUAACAGCUAUGGAAGCAUCGAGUUCGUUGAGGGAGGGGGAAGAGGCAAUUAUAGAGGCACAGGAUGAGAUUAGCAACUGCCGAGCUACUGUAGCAAAUUGUGAGGCUGAGUCGAGAAGCUUACAAAUCAAAAAGGAGGAACUACAGAAGGAAGUAGAUAGAUUGAGUGAAGUGGCAGAGAAAGUGCAGAUGGGUGCUUUGAAAGCAGAGGAGGAUGUGGCAAAUAUAAUGCUUCUUGCUGAGCAGGCUGUCGCUUUUGAACUUGAGGCUACCCAGCGAGUAAAUGAUGCAGAAAUUGCUUUACAAAGGGCUGAGAAAGUUCUCUGCAAUUCCAAUGUUGAUAUGUCAGAUGAUACUACACUUCCACCGGUAGCAUCAUCACAAGGGCAGAUGUCAAAUGGAAAUGAUGAGUCUAUUGCUCAGGAGGAUGAGAUGAAUCAGAGAGUUAGUGGUGAUGUUCGUUUGGAAAGAGACAGAGAUGGGUCAGUUGAGGAUGCUUUGUUGGGUGGUCAAUUUUCAUUGGGCCGCCAAUCUGAUGCAUCAGGGAAAAGUGUUGAAGAUUUAAAUUACUCUGAUGAUCUGCAUGAUCAACAGAAUGGGAAACUAGGUGUGGAUUCUCAUAAAGAAGCUGAAACCGAAGCUGAAAAAUCAAAGACUUUUGGUCCAACAAAGAAGCAGGAAAUUCAGAAGGAUUUAACUAAAGACAGUGCUCCCAAAGCAUUGUUGAAAAAAUCUUCUCGCUUUUUCUCUGCGUCAUUCUUUUCUUUCUCAGUAGAUGGUACUGAGUUCACACCGGCUUCAGUUUUUCAUGGGAUCAUUACAUUUGUGAGGAAGCAAGCGCCCAAGCUGGUCAUUGGGGUAUUGCUUCUUGGGGUUGGGGUCUCCUUUCAAAUUAAUCGAUCUGAGAGGAGUACUCAGCUGCUUCGACUGCCAGAUGUCAUUACCACUGGGAUUGGAGAAGUGUCACCAAACGCAAAGCCUUUGAUGCGAGAAAUGCAGAGGUUCCCUAAGAGAGUGAAGAAAUUAAUUGAGAUGUUACCUCAUCAAGAGAUAAAUGAGGAGGAAGCUUCCCUCUUUGACAUGCUGUGGUUACUUCUUGCUAGUGUUAUCUUUGUGCCAUUAUUUCAAAAAAUUCCUGGAGGUAGCCCUGUACUUGGAUACCUGGCUGCUGGUAUCUUGAUUGGGCCUUAUGGUUUCUCUAUCAUUCGUCAUGUACAUGGGACCAAGGCAAUUGCUGAAUUUGGUGUUGUCUUCUUGCUAUUCAAUAUUGGUCUCGAGCUCUCUGUGGAAAGGCUAAGUUCCAUGAAGAAAUAUGUUUUUGGAUUAGGUUCAGCCCAGGUCUUAGUUACUGCAGUGGUAGUUGGUCUGGUCGCUCAUUUUGUUUCUGGGCAGCCUGGUCCUGCUGCAAUUGUCAUUGGGAAUGGCCUCGCAUUAUCUUCUACUGCUGUAGUCCUUCAGGUGUUGCAGGAACGAGGUGAGAGCACAUCACGCCAUGGACGUGCUACCUUUUCUGUUCUACUUUUUCAGGACUUGGCGGUUGUUGUUUUACUAAUACUGAUACCUCUUAUUUCACCAAAUUCUUCCAAAGGAGGGGUUGGUUUUCAAGCCAUAGCUGAAGCUCUAGGACUUGCAGCUGUUAAGGCGGUGGUUGCUAUUACUGCCAUUAUUGCUGGUGGACGCUUGUUGCUUCGGCCAAUUUAUAGGCAAAUUGCAGAGAAUCAGAAUGCUGAGAUAUUUUCGGCUAAUACUCUUCUUGUUAUUCUCGGAACUAGUCUUCUUACUGCUAGGGCUGGCCUUUCUAUGGCAUUGGGAGCGUUUUUGGCUGGUUUGCUUCUUGCAGAAACUGAAUUUUCCUUACAAGUUGAAUCAGAUAUUGCUCCAUAUCGGGGCCUUUUAUUAGGUCUGUUUUUCAUGACGGUUGGAAUGUCAAUUGAUCCAAACCUUCUUCUUUCAAACUUUCCCAUUAUUUUGGGGGCAUUAGGACUUCUAAUUGGUGGCAAGGCUAUGUUGGUAACUUUAGUUGGUAGACUUUUUGGCGUUUCAACCAUAGCUGCAAUAAGAGUUGGCCUUCUUCUUGCACCUGGUGGAGAGUUUGCAUUUGUGGCUUUUGGGGAGGCUGUUAAUCAGGGUAUAAUGUCUUCUCAACUCUCAUCUCUACUAUUCCUGGUAGUGGGGAUCUCGAUGGCGCUCACACCAUGGCUAGCUGCUGGAGGCCAAUUAAUUGCAUCUCGGUUUGAGCAGAAUGAUGUGCGAAGUUUAUUGCCAGUAGAGAGUGAGACAGAUGAUUUGCAAGAUCAUAUUAUAUUAUGUGGGUAUGGACGUGUUGGUCAGAUCAUUGCGCAACUUCUCUCUGAACGUCUAAUUCCAUUUGUUGCUCUUGAUGUCAGAAGUGACAGAGUGGCAGUUGGGCGUGCACUUGAUCUUCCUGUAUAUUUUGGAGAUGCAGGGAGCAAAGAGGUCCUCCAUAAGGUUGGUGCUGAAAGAGCAUGUGCAGCUGCAAUAACUUUAGAUACUCCAGGUGCAAAUUAUAGAACUGUUUGGGCUCUGAGCAAGUAUUUUCCAAAUGUGAAGACAUUUGUCCGUGCCCAUGAUGUUGAUCACGGUCUCAAUUUGGAGAAGGCGGGAGCAACAGCGGUUGUACCAGAGACCUUGGAACCAAGCUUACAGUUAGCAGCUGCUGUUCUCGCACAGGCUAAGCUGCCUAUGUCAGAAAUUGCAGCAACGAUCAAUGAGUUCAGGACCCGUCAUCUCUCCGAGCUUACGGAGUUUUGUGAAGCUCGUGGAAGUUCUCUUGGUUAUGGAUUUUCACGGAUCAUGAGUAAACCCAAGUCUCAGGGUUCAGAUUCCUUGGAUCAGAAUGAAGUAGCUGAAGGAACAUUGGCAAUAUGAAUAAAUACUCCCAUAGAAACCACUACGCAGAGAAAAUCAGAAUCCUCAUAAAUUGUAUAGCGGGUAAUUUCCCAUUGGUAUAAGUUGUAAAUGGAAAAUAUAGGUAAUUGAAGUGAAUCCAUCAUCUGCUCAUUAGUGGCAUCUUGCUAUCAGUUUUGAUCAUUCUUUCCCUGGG